GUGUGGUCCAUGAACAUCCUAGAAUAGGAUCAGAUGGAGAGAGUGAAGAAGUCUCAGCAGCUUCCGAUGAAGUUGUUUCUCCUGUUGUCCUUCGAAGAAAGCAAAAUUAUCGAAAAGAAAUCAGCAAACGCUUCUCCCUUCCUGCUGAUGUCCACCUGCCUGACAGCUUUCUUGCCAAACAGUUAUCAGUGAGUCCUACUUUGGAUGGACCUAUCAGUCGUACACUUAGGAGACAAUCUUUGUCAGAAAUAGGUUUUGGCAGGAUGGAGUCUUACCUUAAAUUACAUAAACUUGGUGAGGGUACUUAUGCUACAGUAUAUGCUGGUAAAAGUCGACUAACUGGUAAUUUAGUAGCUCUUAAACAAAUCAGGUUAGAACAUGAAGAAGGAGCACCUUGCACUGCCAUUAGAGAAGUUUCCCUGUUAAAAGAUUUGAGGCACAAUAAUAUAGUUACCCUUCAUGACAUUGUUCACACUGAAAAGACUCUUACUCUAGUUUUUGAAUAUAUGGAGGGAGAUUUGAAAACAUACAUGGAAAAAGUUGGUCGUAUUUGUAUGAAUAAUGUUAAGUUAUUCCUUUUCCAAUUACUGCGUGGUCUGGCAUAUUGUCAUCGAAGGAAGAUUUUACACAGAGAUCUAAAACCUCAAAAUCUCCUAAUAAAUGAUAAAGGAGAGUUAAAAUUAGCAGAUUUUGGACUAGCCAGAGCAAAAUCUGUUCCUACUAAAACAUAUUCCAAUGAAGUAGUUACAUUAUGGUAUCGUCCCCCUGAUGUGCUUCUAGGCUCUACAGAUUAUUCUACAUCGAUUGAUCUGUGGUAUGUUAUUAAAUAUCCAAGUGAACUUAAAAAGCUAUUUCUCUUCUAGAACUUAUUCAUUUAAAAAAUAAUCAAUAAACUGUGUUAU